CCACCCCCUUAAGGGGAAGGAGAAAAAAAAAAAAGCUCGCGUGUAAGAAGCGGGAGGAGGAGGAAAAAGGAACCAGGGAGGCGCUGCUUAGCUGGCGAGGCGAGGCGAGGCAACCGCAGCUGCAGCCGCAGCUCCCGCCCUCCCGCCUUGCUUCUCAACUCCCCGGGGGGCGGAGGGGAGCCCGCCGCCAGGCGCCGCGACCGGCCCGGCAGCUCCAUGCGCUGGGUACCUCCUGCAGGAAGUCAGAAGGAGGACAGAGGGACAGAUGGAGAGAACCAUGUCUUCAGUCGCAGCUUAUUACAAUGGAAAGGCCGUGCUCAUCACAGGAGCCACAGGUUUCAUGGGCAAAGUACUGAUGGAAAAGCUACUGCGCUCCAGUCCUGAUGUAAAAACUGUUUAUAUCCUUGUGAGACCAAAGGCGGGGCAGUCAAUGCAGGAGAGAGUGGCAAACAUGUUACAAUGCAAGGUCUUUGACAGAGUCCGAGAAGAUUAUCCUAAUUUCCAAGAGAAGAUUAAACCUAUUAAUGCAGAACUCAUCCAGCCAAAUCUGGCCAUCAGCCCCAAGGACUCUGAGGAGCUCCUGUCCCAAGUCAACAUUGUCUUCCACUGUGCAGCAACAAUUCGUUUUGAUGAGCCACUAAAACGUGCCCUGCAGCUGAAUGUCCUUGGCACACAACGGCUCAUAGAGUUGGCUCGCCAGAUGCAGAAGCUUGAGGCCUUCAUCCACAUCUCUACUGCCUAUGCAAACUGUAACCAGAAACACAUAGAUGAAAUAAUCUACCCACCCCCUGUUGAGCCCAAGAAGCUCUUUGGCUUAGUGGAGUGGAUGGAUGAAUCUAUCAUUGAAGACAUCACACCCAAGCUGAUUGGGGAGUGGCCCAAUACUUAUGCAUACACCAAAGCCUUGACAGAGUACCUGCUCCAACAGGAGAAAGCCAACUUGAACAUUGCCAUCAUCAGGCCAUCCAUCGUAGGAGCCAGUUGGCAUGAGCCUUUCCCAGGCUGGAUUGACAAUUUCAAUGGAACAAGUGGCAUAAUGAUUGCGGCUGGCAAAGGGAUUCUCCGAACAAUGAUAGCUAAUAAUGAUGCAGUAGCUGAUCUGAUUCCAGUCGAUGUUGUCAUCAACCUCACUCUAGUAGCUGGGUGGUACACUGCAGUCCACAGACCAAAAAACAUGAUGGUGUACAACUGUACAACAGGUGGGAUCAACCCCUUUUCCUGGGGAGAGAUGGAAUACCACGUCUUGUCCACCUUCAAAAGGAACCCCCUAGAACAAGUUUACAGAACACCCUGUGCUCAGCUCACCUCAAACUACCUGAUUAACCGGUACUGGAUAGCAGUCAGCCAUAAGGCUCCAGCCAUGAUCUAUGAUCUGUACUUGAGACUAACCGGAAGAAAACCCAGGAUGAUGAAGAUCCUUGAUAGGCUGCACAAGAAUCUGAUGCUUUUGGAAUAUUUCACCACUCAGUCCUGGGAAUGGUCCUCAGAUAACAUGAACAUGUUAAUGGGCCAGCUCAGUCCAGAGGACAAGAAACUGUACAACUUUGAUAUUCGCCAGCUGCAUUGGUCAGAAUACAUUGAAAACUACUGCCUGGGUGCUAAGAAAUACUUACUGAAUGAAGACAUGUCUGGGAUUCCUGCAGCAAAACAGCACUUAAGAAAGCUAAGGAACAUCCGGUAUGUGUUCAACACCACGCUUCUCGUGAUCAUCUGGCGGAUUUUCAUUGCGAGGUCACAGAUGGCUCGGAACAUCUGGUACUUUGUGGUGAGCCUCUGCUACAAGUUUCUUUCCUACUUCAGGGCAUCCAGCACCCUCAGGCAUUGAAAUGGUCAGUCAGCAGCCAACGUCCUUCAGAAGAACCUUCAUCUCCUCUAAACAGCAACUGUGGGCAUCUGGGCUUGAAAGUAGCAGGGAAUUCAUCAAUACCAACAGCAGCCUGCAGUUAAUAUGCACCAUUGUACUCUCACCAUUAUCUUUUUACUAGUGCUUUAACAUGUAAUGGACACUGGAUCCAUAGGAUCAGGCUAAUUUUAAAGCCAUAACUGAAGCUUUAUACACAGGUCAUUCUGGAAUCUGUCCAAUUCUGAUGUGCAAGAGUACGGAUUAACCAAAGCUGUUGUCUUCCCAUCCAUAGCCUAGAGCUAAGUCUCUCUUCCCCACCUCCCUUCUUAAUAUAUCUAUAUUUAAAGGCAAACACUUUUGAGAAGUUCUAUGGUAAGACAAAGAACUCUCAAAGAAAUCAGUUGGACAGAAGAUUUCUUAUAGGCUAUUCACCAAUUCUCAGUUAAUGAGGCCAAAUGGGCCCCAUACCUUAUUGGAAAAUGUGAUUCUACAUUUUCAGUCACCAAAAACAAAGGAAAAUAAGGGAAAAUAAAAGUCAUGGCAAAGUGAUGAAGGUGGUCUUGAUUUCCAUUUCAUUGCUGCUAAGGACUGAUACUUUCAAGCCCUGAUUGAAGAAAUGCACAGAAAACCAUAUACCUUUUUUAACUGCACUAAUACAUGCAAGCUACUUUCUUAUGGAGCAGCCUUAGUUUCAGUAUAGCUGAGGUUACUGUCUAGCUUCAGUGUAAAAAAACAGAACAAAACAACCUGGUUUUUCACGUCUCUAACUUGGGCUUGGAAAAUUUGCUUGGCCUUAAAAUUGCUCUAUUUACUCUGAAGACAAAAGGAGAAGACUUCUGCAAAGAUUGAAGAAAAAUUGUCAAGCUGUUUUUGAGGUGUAUGUCAUUAAAGAUUACCAUGACUUACA